AGCGAAUUGAUGGACUAACCACCAAUAAGAUCUGAAGCUUUGUCAGAGAUUGAUCACCCUGUGGCCAAUCAGCGAGCAGAGGAGGAGGAAACUCUGCGGUUCGGUUGUCUCGCGGUCGAUGACAGCUCGCGCGUGCUGAUGAUGGCGGUAAAUAAAAGCUACCCAAAAAUUGUUUUUUUUAUUGAAAUAUUUUUUUGAAUACAUCUAACAACGUUAUAUAGCGGCAUUCUGAUCUACAGCCCCGCCUGUUAUGACACGAGUUUACAGCCUUUAAAAGUUGAAAACGUUUUUUUUCUUUUUCUUUUGAAGGAAUGAGAAUUUUUUUUUUUUUUUUGGAGUGACCUCCUGUUGUUUUGGUUUAUGUUUUUAAAGUUUAUUUUAUAUUUGUGAUUCAGACCCGCGCUGGUGUUCAGCAGAAAGAGGGACAGGUUUUUUUAUUAUUAUUAUUUUUUUCUUCUCCUGGUACUGUUGUGGAUAAAGCUGAGCCCUGGACUCGGAGUCGAGGAGAGUUUGUUAGCGGCAGUCUCUUUGUUCUGAAGGUGCUGGUUUGCUUUUGCAACGUGAAGAUGCGUCUCAGCCUGUUGAGCAGCGUGUUGUGAGCCACCCUGCUGGCUGAGAUGGUGACGGUUCAGUCCCCGGCGUCAGUGAGUACCGGGUCAGUGUCACAGAUGAGUUCUCGCGCAGAGGGGAGGUCGCAGUCCUGAUCAAGUGUAUGCAUUGCUGAGCGAUGGAUCGAUGCAAACACGUGGGCAGGCUGCGUCUGGCCCAGGACCACUCCAUCCUGAACCCCCAGAAAUGGCGCUGCGUAGACUGCCAAACAACAGAGUCAGUGUGGGCCUGCCUCAAGUGCUCGCACGUGGCCUGUGGGCACUACAUGGAGGAGCAUGCCCUGAAACACUUCCAGGAGUCGCGGCACCCGCUCGCCAUGGAGGUCCACGAGCGCAACGUCUUCUGCUACCUGUGCGACGACUAUGUGCUCAACGACAACGCCGAGGGGGACCUGAAGCUGCUGAGGGGGGCCCUGAGCACUGUGGUGCGCGGCCCGGAGGGAGACCCCUCCAAGCCCAGCCGCCGCAGCCUGCGCUCCCUGGCCUCCGGGGAGAGCCCCAGCUCCCAGCCCCAUGGCGAGUCCGGCAGGCAGCCUGCCAUGCAGACAGCUCUGUGGCACCGGCGCCAAGCCCUGCUCAGCAAGUCCCUGAGAGCCUGGUUUGGGAAGAGCUCCAGGGGCCAGCAGCGGCUGGAGGAGGAGCGGAGGAAGCAGGAGAAAGAGAAGAGGAAGGAGGAACUGAGGCUGCGGAGGAUGGAGGUGAAGCAGCGGCUGCUGGAAGAGCUGGCCAGCUCCCCUCCUAGGAAAAGUGCCAGGCUGCUGACGCAGGCGCCCAGAGAACAUGCCAUCAUCCCCAGGAAGUUUCGGGAUCCCCCCGAGCGGACGCACCUGCUCUCUCGGAGGUCGCUGGGCGGCGCUCGAAAGCGGCGGAGAUGCUAUCCCUCGUCUAGGCGGAAGGUGACCCCUGGGGUGACAGGUCUGAGGAACCUGGGGAACACCUGCUACAUGAAUUCGAUCCUGCAAGUGCUGAGCCACCUGCAGAAGUUCCGGGAGUGCUUCCUCACGCUGGACCUCUGUGAGACUGAGGAGCUCCUGGCCAAAACCUCGGGGGUCAACAAGUCCAGGGUCGUGAACGGGACCCCCCACUCGAACGGUGGGACGGGCCGCAAUGACAAGCCGGGGGGGCUGUCCGGCAGUAAGCAGAGCCUGCCCCCGAGCCUGAACGCAGCUGAACUGGUGCAGCCCAAAGAGCCGCGGUCCUCCCGGCAGAUGUCUCUUUGCCACGAGCUGCACACGCUGUUCAGGGUGAUGUGGUCAGGGCGCUGGGCCCUGGUCUCCCCCUUCGCCAUGCUGCACUCCGUAUGGAACCUGAUCCCGGCGUUCCGAGGCUACGACCAGCAGGACGCGCAGGAGUUCCUAUGCGAGCUGCUGGACAAGGUGCAGCAGGAACUGGAGUCGGAGGGGACCAAGCGCAAGAUCGUCAUCCCCUUCUCCCAGAGGAAGCUCACCAAGCAGGUGCUGAAGGUCGUCAACACCAUAUUCCAUGGGCAGCUGCUCAGCCAGGUGACCUGCUUGACCUGUAACUACAAGUCGAACACAGUGGAGCCGUUCUGGGAUCUGUCCCUGGAGUUUCCGGAGCGCUAUCACUGUGUGAAGAAGGGGGCCGCAGCCACUGCCUAUCACAGCGACUGCACGCUCACGGAGAUGCUGGCAAAGUUCACAGAGACCGAAGCUCUGGAGGGGAGGAUCUAUGCCUGCGACCAGUGCAACAGUAAAAGGCGGAAGUCGUCCCCAAAGCCUCUGGUACUCGCGGAAGCGUGCAAACAGUUACUGAUCUACAGGCUACCUCAGGUCCUGCGGCUGCACCUCAAGAGAUUCAGGUGGUCCGGUCGCAAUCACAGAGAGAAGAUUGGCGUGCACGUGACGUUCGACCAGGUUUUGAACAUGGAGUCUUACUGCUGCAGGGACUCUCUGUCCUCGAUCCACAGGGAGAGCUUUACCUACGACCUGUCUGCUGUCGUCAUGCACCACGGCAAGGGGUUCGGCUCAGGACACUACACCUCGUACUGCUACAACACUGAGGGGGGUUUCUGGGUUCACUGUAAUGACUCCAAGAUGAACGUGUGUAGUGUGGAGGAAGUGUGUAACACCCAGGCCUAUAUCCUCUUCUAUACUCAGCGAUCAGUGCAGCAGACCAGCGUGGCUUGAACCCAGAUCCACACUCCUAGACUCAGGGCUGUAGCAAAACAUGCCGACCAGGACUGUUUCCAACAUGCACCUAGGAACAGCCUGACAUGGUGUCUUAAAUCAAGCUCCUUGUGCAACUGAAUUUCACUGCUUAACCACCAAAAACAACCGGAGCCCGAGGCACACUGACAACGUUGCCCACCGAUUUUAGCCCAGGGAAUCGGUAGGGAGAGUGGGCCACUGGUAUAAACUGUGGCCUUAGCUAGAGGAGGCAGUGCUCCCCAAUUGAUAUCGCUUGGGAUAGUGGUUCAGAUGAGGGGUAGAAGGCAUUGCAGCCAAGUGACAGAAAUAUCCACACAAAAAAAACACCAGUCUGCAGCAAUCAGGUAUUUUUAAAUUCAUUGUUGCACAUCAAUCGAUUUCUCUUGGGGUUCAGUGAUAUCUGUAGAAUACAGAGGUUUAUCACUCUCUGGCAUGAGUAACAAAAUCUCACCCACAGGGUUUACUAUUGAAUGUGCUGGCUCCCAGAUCUGCAGUACUCGGUUCCCUAUGCUGUGCUAUGCUAUACUGUACUGUAUUGAGUUUGCUAGCUGUCUGAUUGCUGGUCCUGACUUCACUAUACUGCAUUGAAUUUGCUGGCUCUCAGAUCCCCAAUACUGAGCUCUUUACUAUACUGAGUUUGCUGGCUAUCAGAUCAACACUACUGAGUUUCCUUUACUGUAUUGAAUUUACUGAGUUCUUCAUUUUCGGUUAGAAUAAAAAAUGCUCAGCAAAUUAAGAAUCGUGCUUGCCUGGGCUGAGAUUAAAUUGUAUUUAUGGCACGGCAGCAUCGUUGCAGAGUUUUACAUUUACAAAGUAUCUUAGCUGUGGGUUUGAUUUGCAGUUAAUUUGUUUUGUUUCUUCCUACUUACUUAAAAGCUGCUCCAAGGAUACCAGCGCCAUAAUCGCAACGUAUUCCCAGCCCGAGAGUGAAAAUAGCCUGAGACCUUUAGUUAAAAUGCUAGAAUAUUGUGCUGUACCAGAGCACUGGCUGUGUCUUGCCCGUUUUCAUGAAGAUUUCACAUACCUGACUCGGUCCAGGUGUGAGUAUGGAACGAAAGCACACCAGUGUAAGACAAGCUUUAGUGAAAAGAACUACAAUACCAUGCAGGUACAACCAAUCAGGGCCUGGAAUAGCAGCCAUAUUGACAUGUGCAGCUUGUAUGAAGUACUUUAACCUCAAGGCAAAAAACCCCCAAAAAAACAGCAUUUCAAGCACUGCCUUGGUUUAGGGCUUCUGUGUCCUUACAGAUUGCUUGAAUAGUCUUGGAUUGAUAACACGUCCCCUGGAGGCUGCUUUGUGUACUUCUGUUUGUGUGACGAGUUGCAGUACAGUGUUACUGCAGUAACAUUACAAUACCUUCCAGUAAAGGUGUAUUGGUGAUCUCAGCAGGCUGCUUCUUAUAUGCUUUUCUUUGUGCUCCUUUGCAGCUCUCAUUAUUGGGUACACACAGUCAAGCACAGAGACACACUUCCAGCUUGUUGAUAUAAAUCCUAGCCUAUUCCCUCAUUCAGCAGCAUGAAUAUUCGUUUGAGAGCAGUUGCUGGUUGUCAUGCGUUGCUGUUUUGCGCAUAGAAUUGUUUUUAGUGAUCUAGACGCAGAAACUUCUUGCAGCCGCACACAGAGCAAAAUAAACCCUGCUGAAUGUGUUAGUUGUUUCUGGGGAGGGAGGAACUGUCUGGCUGUUUUGUAAGGAGUUUAGACAAUGGGAAACCUAAUGCUCCCAGCUCCUUAUCCAUUAACAAUUCUAACUGGAUAAAACCCUACAAUCAAACCAAGCCUGGCGUAUUUCUAUAAAGAGAGAGAUUUGAUACACAUCUUAACAGAUCUGGUUCUUUUUUUUUUUUUUUUUU